AUGCAGGUUGCAUUUCAUUGGCUUCCUCUCCAGCAGGGAGUAGGGAACAUCAAAACAAAGGAUAAGGUGUCAAUCCUUCAAAAUCCAUUUCAAGACCUACAAUAUCGGCCUGUUGAAACUCCUGGGGACAAUCUCUACGUCACCGCCCGUCUCGAGGAUACGACAACUCCUACUUUGGUCUCUUCCGGGCAUAUCCUCACAGUCAAGGCCGACGAUAAGUAUGAACGCCCGUUGCCUUCAUUCGAUCUACAGGAACUUAGAUGGCACCUCUCGCGUGUUGCAGCCUUCCAGGGUGCAGGGGAGAAUGAGGAUGGAUCUUAUGACUAUGAGUACAAGUUUGAUCCUGUGUCUGGUGGCGGAAUCGGAUCCUGA